AUGUCGCCUCCCUCCACCUUCGAGCCGCCCCCUCUCCGGCCUCACUCGGCGCUCGAGCUGUACCUAGCCUCCGCGCUCAUGUUCCUCAUCUCUGCGCUAGCUGCCCUCUUAGCCGCUUCCUAUGUGUACUGCCCUGCCCAUAUAUGGUGGAUACAGCCCCUAUGCGAGGACACGCACUACAAGUAUCUGGCGCCGCUGCUGGUACCCGUGACUGUGUGGUUUGCAUUCGCCAACUGGUUUGGUUGGGAGUACUUCCGUUAUGCGUAG